CGGAAAUGCGUCCGUUGUCCAACUUGACACACAGCGUGUAGUGUCCUGCUGUCGGAAAGUUUGCACGGUGGAAUCAGGAAGUCCAGCACAACAUCAGUGUCAAACGGCCACCUACAGCCGAAGAAGCGGUGAAACCCUCUCGUGAUGUCCGCUGGCCUCCUCAGCCAUGUGGGUGACAGCUGAGUCCAGGCCUUCUCUCUGUGGGGGAACCCUGCUCUGAUAGGCAUCAACCAGUGACUCCAGUAGGAAUGUCUUACUGGUCUGUUGGCCUUCCUCAGGACUCUGGAGACACUCCCAGCAAAAUGGAGCAACAAAGCAGCCCUGGGGAGGAUAUGGGAGCCAAGGCAUCGUUGGUUGAGGGUCCAGGUCCCGGCUCUGCACUGAUUCCUUCUCCUACUCUGGAGAACAUCCGGGCAGCCUAUAAAGAUGGAGAGGGGGAGGCUGCCAGGAAUUUGAUCCAACAAGCCUGCUGUGUGGAGUGCAGCGCAGGGAUGCCCCACAUUGAUGGGUUACGUCUCCUGUGUGUGGCCACUCAACAUGGUGAUCUGCAGAGUGUGUGUUACCUCCUGAAAGAAGCCCAUAUCUCUGUGCCCCAGGAGCCGUCCAACAGCAACCCAGCCAUCCUGGCAGCAUACUAUGGCCAUGCCAGCUUGGUCAAAGAGCUGCUGGAUUCCAUACCUGGUCCAUGUUUAAGGGGAGACUUGCUGAACUGGAUGCUAGCCACAUCUUGCCAGCAGGGUCACCUGGACGUAGUCCGGCUCCUGGUCCAUGGCUAUGAUGUUGAUGCCAAGGACUGCGCCAUCCACAGCAAUGAGUUUGCUGUAAUCACCGGGUUGCCGCUAUACGCUGCUGCACAAGCAGGUAAUGAGGAGAUAGCUCGCUUCCUGCUGCAGAACGGAGCAGGAUUCUCCUCAUACACCCUGAUGGACUAUCCAGCCUUCAGCAAACACCUCCUUAGACUCAGACUACAGGAAACCUCCAACGCAGAGGGAGAGCAGGCUGUCACUGUGUGCUGGAGUGGUCUGCAGCUGCCAUGGUUGGAGCUGGAUUGGUUCAUGGAUGUCUCGUCAUGUAUCACCCACCUGGAUCUAUCAUCCAACAGCCUGGCUGCUCUGCCCUCCGUGGUGCCCUGGGGACUCAUCCACCUGCAGACUCUAGAUCUUUCUAACAAUCUGCUGAAAGAGCUGCCAGCUGCCCCCAGCUCCCAGGAAGUCAUCUGCGCCAGUUUACAGUGCAUAAAUCUCUCUCAGAACCAGCUCACCAGUUUGCCACCUGGACUUCUGCAUCUGACCCGCAUCCAGAGACUUUCUGCUGCUAAGAACCAGCUCACAGUGCUGUUUGACAUCCCUACCACCACUAACUGGAUCGGUCUUCGCAAGCUAGAGGAGCUGGAUGUGUCUGACAACUGUCUGAGCAGUCUGCCCACAGCAGUCAUGCAUUGUUUGAAAUCCCUGAGCUUCCUCAAUGUGUGCAGGAACAAACUGAGCACUUUCCCUGAUCCCUGGGCUUGUCCUCUGAAGCAAUGCAAAGCUUCAUGUAAUUUGAUCGAGAGUCUUCCAAACACCAUCUCCAUCUUCUGGAGGACUCAUCUGCAGGAGGUGGACUUCUCCGACAACAGUCUGAAGGAGCUGCCUUCAUAUCUCUUUGAGCUGGAGGCUCUUGUCUCGCUGAGAUUGUGUGGUAAUCACAUUGCAACACUCCCAGCCCCCAGUAAGUGGAAGUGCUCUCAGCUCAGGACCCUCGACCUUUCCAGGAACCAGCUGGGCAAAACAGAGGAGCUGCCCAAGUCCAGGAGGCUGGCCUUCCUGACUACAUGGAACAGGAGGGACCCAGACCCAGUGUGUCCCAUAGAGUUUCCCAUGAUUCUGCGGGAUUCACUGGAAGUGCUUUUCUUGAAUGACAACCAGCUGGAUUGUGUUCCCCAUUCAGUGUGUGGUCUGCACAGCCUCACUGAGCUCUACCUCUUCAAUAAUCCUGGAAUCCGGGAGCUUCCGGCAGAGCUCAGCCAACUCUCCAAUCUGUGGCAGCUGGACACUGAAGACCUCAAUAUUAACAAUAUCCCCCAGGAAGUAAGAAAAGAAGGACCUGCUGCUGUCCUGGCUUUCCUCCGGGCACAACUCCGAAAGGCAGAGCCUUUUAAACUGCUGAAGAUGCUUGUGAUUGGUCCACCGAGACAGGGGAAGACGGCCCUUCUAGAGGCUCUACAGACUGGCAGGGUGGCACCCUUCACUCCAGCCGAAUGCAGCAUCUCCACCUCCACCUGGGAGCUGGACAAACCCAACGGAGGCAAAAACAGCAAGGACUCAGUGGCGUUCAACGUGUGGGACAUAGGGGGUCAAGCGAGCAUGUCCACAGUGAACCAGUGUUUCUUCACUGAUAAGGCCCUGUAUGUAGUGAUCUGGAACCUGGCUCUGGGAGAGGAGGCUGUGGCCAACCUGCAGACAUGGCUGCUCAACAUAGAGGCACGAGCACCCAACUCUGCCGUGGUGGUCGUGGGAACACAUUUGGAUCUCAUCGAGACCAAGUUCCGCACUGAGAGACUGGCCACGCUGAGAGCUUAUAUUCUGGCUCUGUGCAGAUCCCCGUCUGGGGCCCGAGCCAGCGGCUUCCCUGACAUCACCUGGAAACACCUGCAUGAAGUGUCCUGUAAGACUCUGGAGGGCCUGGAUGGGUUGAAGAAGCUGAUCUACCAGGUGGCUCUCUCCAUGAAAGAAAACAGAAGCUCAGCCUGUGGCAGUAAACUGUUGGGCAGACUGAUCCCUAGAAGCUACCUGACACUUCAGGAAGCCGUGAUAGCAGAGAAGCAGAGGCGAGAUGCUGAGGGAGAGGUCCAAUACCUAACUAAUGAUCAGCUGGAAGCCAUCAUCCAACAGAACUCAGAAAGUGACAUCAGGGACUAUGAGGACAUGCAGACUGCUAUCAGCUUCUUGAUAGAGACGGGGACCCUGCUGCACUUCCCCGACACCAGCCACGGCCUGUGUACCCUCUACUUCCUGUGUCCUGUGUGGCUGUCAGAAUGCCUGGAGAGAAUCAUACACCUUAAGUCAUCUCGCUCUGUAGCCAGGAAUGGAGUGAUCCGAGCUGAAGACCUAAGGAUGCUGUUGGUAGGAACAGGGUUCACCGAGGAGACAGAAGAACAGUAUUUCCAGUUUCUUACCAAGUUUGAGAUUGCUCUUCCUGUGGCCAACAACAGCUAUCUGCUGCCCCACCUCCUUCCCUCCAAGCCAGCUAUGGACAUCUACGGGUUCCGUCAGCAGACUAACAACACCCUGCAGCGCCUUGUCCAGAUGAGCUUUGUUCCUGCAGGAUUUUGGGAGCGCUUCAUUGCCAGGAUGCUCAUUAGCCUCAGAGAGAUGGACCUGCAGUCAUUUGAGCCCAAAAGAAACACCAGGAGCCAGCGCAGCAGGAACUCUGUGAUCUACAGCUUUGCUGGAACCCAGCAGAGGAACCGUUGCAGCACCUUCAGAGUCCGACGCAGCCAGACCAUAUACUGGAAGGAGGGGCUUCUAGUCACUUUUGAUGGAGGUUACCUCAGCGUGGAGUCAUCAGAUGUCAACUGGAAGAGGAAGAAGAGUGGAGGCAUAAAGAUCAUCUGCCAGUCAGAUGUGAGAGAUUUCUCUGCCAUGGCCUUCAUCACAGACAAUGUCAACUCUCUGAUUGAGCAGUGGUUCCCUGCUUUGACAGCCAGUGAGAGUGAUGGGAGUCUCCUCAUAGAGCAGUACGCGCCCUGUCCCCUCUGCGCCUUACUGGGCCAACAGAAGCCGUCCGAGCUCCUAGCCAGCCUGGCCUGCCAGGUCGGAGACAAAGGAGCGCGUGGAGGAGCUGACCGAGGAGGAGGACCAGCUGCAGGAGUUUGUUACUUUAACAUGGAGGACUGUGUGCUGGCUGCAGUGGAGAAAGAGUAUAUCAUCUGUCCUCAGCACCCUGAGCAGCCAGUCCCCCUCCAGGAGCUGGUCCCAGAACUCUUCAUGACGGACUUCCCUGCACGCCUCUUUUUGGAGAGGGCCCAGCUGGAGUACUCUGAGGGGGAGAGCAACAUCCUUGGCCAGGGUGGCAGUGGGACCAUCAUCUACCAAGCCCGAUAUCGUGACCAGCCAGUGGCCAUUAAACGCUUCCACUUCAAGAAGUGUCGACAGCAAACCAUCAGCAGUGACACAGACACCAUGGUGAAACAUCUGCAGUCAGCAGAUGCCUGUCGCAGCUUCUCUGAAUUUCGCCAGGAGGCCAGUAUGUUGCACUCUCUGCAGCAUCCUUGCAUCGUCUCUCUGGUGGGCAUCAGCAUCCAUCCACUCUGCUUCGCCCUGCAGUUGGCCCCCCUGGGCAGUCUCAACACCGUGCUGGAAGAGAAGCACAAAGGCACAGGCUCCAGGUACAUGCCCCUUGGUCAAAUGCUUACUUUCAAAGUAGCCUACCAGAUUGCUGCGGGACUGGCGUACCUUCACAGGAAGAGCAUAAUUUUCUGUGACCUCAAAUCUGACAACAUCCUGGUGUGGUCUCUGGAGGUGCAGGAUCCAGUUAACAUUAAACUGUCUGACUAUGGCAUUUCUCGACAAACCUUCCAUGAGGGGGCGUUGGGGGUUGAGGGUACACCGGGUUACCAGGCUCCUGAGAUCCGACCAGGCAUUGUGUAUGAUGAGAAGGUGGACAUGUUCUCCUAUGGUAUGGUGCUGUAUGAGCUGCUGUCUGGGCGGAGGCCUGUGCUGGGACAACAUCAGUUUCAGAUAGCAAAGAAGCUCUCCAAAGGCAUCCGUCCAGUGCUGGGCAGUCCACAGGAGGUUCAGUUCUGCUGCCUCCACAGCAUGAUGACUGAAUGCUGGGACACCAAGCCCGAGAAGAGGCCGGGGGCCAUGCGGUGUGUGAGGCAGAUGCAGGAGCCCAGCUUCCCUUGCCUCAGGUACCUGUUGCCCUGUGACAGCCACUCGCAGCUCUUCCUAUCCCAGCUGCAGGGACACAGCGCUGUGUUCUGGAACGGAGAUAAGGACAACAGGAGCUACAGUGUGGUGAAUGUGGAGAAGGGCCAGGUGCAGGUGAAGAGGAUGUCCUGUGCAGGCAGCAGGAUCAGCUGUCAGAUGAAGAUAGCUAACGUUCUGUGGAUGGCCACUGAGGAGCAGGAGGUUUUCAUCUACAGUCUGAAGGACAUGUGUCCACUCAGUCAACCCCAGAAACAGUUCUCCUGUCCAGGCGUCAUCACCUGCCUGUUCCCUGUUCCAGCAAGAGAACAGAGCCUGUCCAGAGUGUUUGCGGGGAUGUCUGACGGCCUGGUUGCAGUGUACAGCUUGGUGGAGGGCCUUCCUUUGGAGGGGGAGACCUACCUGUGUUUACACACCCUCAACAAGACAGUGUUUGCUCUGAAGGACUCAGAUCCCAGACAGAGACCCUACCCAGUCAGGAGCAUGGCACUGGUCAGCAGUGGCUCCCAGUUAUGGUUCUCCAAUGGUCCGGGCCUGCUGGUCAUUGACUGCCUGAGUCUUCAGGCAGUUCAAAGGCUGGAACCCUACAACCCGCCGUCCUCCAUUGUAUCCAUGACAACCAGCUUCAGUCUAUGGGGAGAGGAGGCAGUGUGGACCCUGGAUGACCACACCAACACCCUGCUGCUCUACCAUGCUGCCUCCUACCAGCUCUGUGCCAAGUACAACUGUGGAGACAGCAAUCCUCUUCGGGACGUUUUUGCUGUGCGGAGUCCUGCAGGGGUUGCAAUGGUGAGAACCACUGAACUCAAGCCCACAGACCAAGAAGAGAAGUUGGAGUGGACUGAGGGAGAAGUGACAUUGAUCUACAGCGAGGAGGCGGGCACUCAGAUCAUCCAGCACCAGGAUUCACUGACAGAAUACUGCUCCAUAUCAUCCAACUGCUCCCUGGAGCCAGUGGGGUCAGACUGUUCUAGCCCUGCAGCCCUCGCCUCAUUAGCCAGCCACAGCAGUGUGCCACUGUCAGCAGAGGACCAGGACCAGCAGGCAUCCUCCAACCCCACACCGCCGCAGCUGCAAGCUUUCACUGUGCUACCAGUGAACGGAACUCUGUGGAUCCCCAGGCGUGGAGGUGAUGUGAUGGUCAUUGAAAUGCAGUCACAUGACGAUCAGCUGAGGGGGCGUGUCAUUGCUGUCCUCAGUCCACCCGGAUGUUCAUCUUUGGGGAACCUGGAGAAGGCAGCGCUAGUGGCAAAGGACACAGUUGUAUGUGGCUUUCAUAAGGAAAACAUGGAGUGGUGCCUGUGUGUCUGGAGGGGCUGGGGCUGCCGCGAGCUAGAAGUUUUCUACCAGUCUUAUGAGGAGCUCAGUCGCUUGGAGACCAGUAUGAGGAAAAGAAGGUAGCUGUUGUGCAGCGUCGGCGAGGUGCAGAAAUGCAGCUCUGUAUGGACCACAAGCCGAGGGGAAUACCCUCCGACAGACUGCCAGUGUUCAGAGCAGGGGGCCGCGGAAUGCUGACAUCAGGGCAACGUAGGAGGGGGGGUCUGCUAUGCUUCCAGCUGUGCACACGGUUAUGUCCCCUCACUACAUAUUUUGGUACAAUAAUAAAUUAAGACCUGAAAAAUCAGUAAUCCCACAGCAGACAUGGAAAGCCCUGAAGCUGAGUUACAGAUUCAGGUUUUUUCCGCACAGGUUUUAAUGUUGGUUGCGUUUUCUUAUUUAGCCAGUUUGGUAUGACUGGAAUUCAGUUGGAGAUGUGGUGGACUCGGUGGUUUGUGUCUGACUCCAGCUUCUGAAAUCCAUUGUUUAUUCUGUCAGUCUAUUUCGGUCUUCCUUAAUUUAACUGUUCCAAUCUGCCACUUUAUGGACUGGCGCAUUCUUACAGGACAAUUAUUUUCUUUCCUUUUUUAAAAUGAAUUUCUGUUGGAGUUUUAAUGGUUCUGCUGGGAAACAGCUGUGCUCUACAAACAACAGCAGGUUCUAGAUGUCUGUUUAACAGUGACACUGACUCAGAACAAAGAGUUCCCCUCUUUAACUGUGUUGUAUGAAUCUGCAUGCCAGCCACAACUCCCAUUGUUACCAGAGUGGCCUCCAAGCAACACACUAACACAUGUGUUCUGUGCAAGCAUUAUGCAACGGAUCAGUGGUUACCAGCUUUUGCCAUCAAACCUAAUGUUUUAGCAGGUUCUCAUAGAUAAGACAAUUUUAUUUUUUUAAAUGAAGCUUUAAAUGAAGGCUUUAAAUCAAGGCAUUUUGUGUUCCUUGCUCAACUCUGCUCUUCUAGCAUCUGUAAUACAGUAAAAUAGAAAAUCAUCUGAAACAUGUUUGUUGUGAUUUACUUCUCUAUUAUUCUUCUUUAUUAAAACAACCCACGGUGAUGAAUCCUCUCAGAUGCAGUUUGUUUGGCUGGCCUCUAAACGGGUACAGAAAUAGCGUUGAGUAAUGUUAAACUAUGGUACCAGAGGCUUACAAUGAUUGCAUUUUGAGGUACAUGAGUCAUAACCACGAGAACAAAUAGUUGUAAAUGUGUAAUUUUACAAAACACGUAUCAAAACAACUUUUUGACACACCUACAAAUCAACCCA